AUGGAGGUAUUCGGCGCUGUCGCCAGUGGCAUCGCCAUCGUGCAGGCUCUGGAAGCCGUCCGUAAGACUGUCGGCCUGAUACGCGAGAUUCCUGAGAUACAAGGCGAUUUCGAUGGCCUAAUUAAAGAGUUGGACUUGACCGAGGCCAUGGCCAAGGUCGCUCAGCAGAUCCCGUCCAACUCGCCAGAGCAGGACUUUUUGGCCAAGGCAACCGAGCAGGUCAACGAGGUGACGAGUGAGCUGAACAAGGUCCUUGAGAGCUGCGCUCGCGGGACCGACGAGGCAGACAAGAAGCUUUGGAAGACGAAGAAGAGAAAGUGGCUUCUGGAGGAGCAGAGGAUUCUCAAGCUCGAACGCAAGUUGCAGAACGCAAAGGGCACUCUGCAUCUUGCCAUGACGUCGCAUGGGAUAUCCAGCGAGGCCGAGUCAGCCACUACCCAUGAGUUUUACUCAGAUCAUCUCUCGCUGAUGCUGAAAGCAGAUUCCGAGCUCGGUUCCAGUUGUUUAUGGACCUUUUCAUACUUGAGUCGAAAACUAAAGCAUUGGGGAUUCAGGCUGAGCUACCAGGACCUCAACCAGCUGAAGAGCUACCACCAUCCUAUGUACUAA